AAGGCAAAAACUGAAGAAAUGUGACAAUCCAACGGUCAUUUUCAUGGCGAAGGGAAAACUGGUGCGAAAGGAGUUAUUCUGGGACUCCUUUGAGCCUCGAAACGCUGGAUCAAAAUGCUCAUAGUGGAGAAAACCACAGACUUCCCCUCUGCUGAGUUCUCUCUAGUGGAGGAUGUGGCUCUGCACUUUACCUGUUUGAUGGACAGGCUGAAUGAGCAGCGCCUCUUUCAGCCUGACCUGUGUGACGUUGACAUUGUUCUUGUGCGUCAGCACAGCACCUUUCCGGCCCACAAAGGUGUGCUGGCAGCGUACAGCCCUUUCUUCCACUCGCUCUUUGCCCAAAGCAAACAGCUGCGGCGGGUGGACCUGUCGCUGGAUGCCCUGACCUCUCAGGGCCUGCAGCAAAUCCUCAACUUCAUUUACACCUCCAAACUGCUGGUAAGCAGCCGCACUGUCCGCGACGUGCUCAACGCCGCUACCCUGCUUCAGAUGAGCGACAUCGCAGCCUCCUGUCGUGACCUUAUCAGCAGCCACUCGCUGAGAACCACCUGCACGGAUAUGGCCAAUCAAGAAGGGCAUGGCAGCAGUGAGCCAGCUUCUGUAGCGAUGCCCCCCAGCCAGAUGUACCGUGAGAUCAAACAGGAGUCAGAGCUCGGCAGGGUGUACACGAGAGAAGGCAGCAGCCCGUUUUCUGUCAGAGUAGAAGAGGCGGGCAAGACAGCUUCUCAGGCAAAGCAGUACUACCAGAAGGAGGAGGGCUCAGGAAGCGGGGCCAGCACAGGUGUGGCUGCUUUGUGUAAAGUGGAGGGAAAUGGAGAGGAGUCAAAGACAGCAGAUGGCCACACCUCCUUCAACAGAGAUCAGAUCAUCGUUGAAGUCAACCUUAAUAACCAGACACUGAACGUCUCAAAGGGAUCAGAGGGCAAAUCCACCACUGCUUCAGAGACUGCCACCAUAUUUGGCCGCUGCCGUAACAACCAGCAAGACUCAGAGGGUGAUGAGGAAAAUGAAGUGGAGAAUGAUGAUGCAAUUGAAGAAGAGGAUGUUGAGGACUUGAAGAGGGGUGACAUAUUGGGGCAAAGUAGUGAAGAGGACGAUGAGGAGGAGGAGGAUGAAGAAGAAGAGGAAAAUACACUCAACAUUCCAGGCUUGGAGCAGCCAGCCAUGAUGGAUCGACCUCGCCGGGGCACCAGAGCCUUGGCCAUGGCCGGUACUGCUGCCUCUCUGCGGCAGACCCUUGCAGAGGCCACGCUGGCCAACCAGCGACAGGGCGGGAAGAGGACACUGGAUGCAGAGGGCCUGGGCCAGAAAGUGAGGCUGGAGGAGAAGCAACAUUUCCCGUGUAAAAAGUGCCCUCGCAUCUUCAACAAUCGCUGGUACCUGGAAAAACACAUGAAUGUCACUCACAACCGCAUGCAAAUCUGCAAUAACUGUGGAAAACGCUUCCUGCUAGAGAGCGAGCUGCUGCUGCACCAACAGACCGACUGUGAGAAAAGCAUCCAGUGUGUGACCUGUGGCAAAGCUUUCAAGAAGCUGUGGUCGUUACACGAGCAUAACAAGAUCGUCCAUGGCUAUGCCGAGAAGAAAUUCUCCUGUGAGAUCUGUGAGAAGAAGUUUUACACGAUGGCCCAUGUCAGGAAGCACAUGGUCGCCCAUACGAAGGACAUGCCAUUCACCUGUGAAACGUGUGGGAAAUCAUUCAAGCGCAGCAUGUCCCUGAAGGUUCACUCUCUACAGCACUCAGGAGAGAAACCCUUCAAGUGUGAGAACUGCAGCGAGCGCUUCCAGUACAAAUACCAGCUCCGCUCCCAUAUGAGCAUCCACAUUGGACACAAGCAGUUCAUGUGCCAGUGGUGCGGAAAGGACUUCAACAUGAAACAGUACUUCGAUGAACACAUGAAAACACACACUGGAGAGAAGCCGUACAUCUGUGAAAUCUGUGGGAAGAGCUUCACGAGCCGGCCCAACAUGAAGCGCCACCGCCGCACCCACACUGGAGAAAAGCCAUACCCCUGUGAGGUGUGCGGCCAGCGUUUCCGCUUCUCAAACAUGCUCAAGGCCCACAGGGAAAAAUGCUUCCGCGUUACCCACCCCAUGGUUCCCGAUGGCAGUGACCCUCUGGGCCUCGACCGGCCCUUGGCGCCGCCCAUUGCGGACUCUUCCGGUCAGGCCCAGCUGGGGACGGCACUCCCUGCCACGUCCAUGACUACACCCGCUGCUGCCUCUAGCCCCCACCCCCUCCACGGCACCCAGCUGUCUCUCCCCCUGCUGCACUCCAUGGGAGGGCUGCCUCCCACCCCGCAUUUACCCCCGCCGCCUCCACUGUUUUCUGCUGGUAGGAUGAACUCCAACAACUAACAAAUCUCUGUAGCAUUGAAAGCACUUUGUUACUUUUGUAAAUGUAAUAAGCUGUCAGUUGUUUUAUUUAAAAAAAAAUUAAGCACCUUCAUGUAGUCUUUUGUCUAAGCUCACCUCAGAUGUACUUCUUAAAUUUCCACGGUUAAACCGUUAGGGCCACAUCAGAUGUAAUUUAAUAAUGGUACACUUUUUGUUUUUCUUCAUGUGUCCAACACAUGUUUUGUAUUUUGGCUUGCUGCUUUUGUACAGAGUCCUGUUUGAGACUACCCUUUAAAUGGUGAAAAGUGUGGAGCUCUUGACUUUAAUGUAAUUGAGCAAUAUUCUGGCUGUGAUUACAACGAGCUCCAGGGUUGGUAGUGAGCUAGAAAUGACACAUUAUGGACCACUUUGAGGAGGUGAUAGCCAACACUUUCAAAGUCAAAGUGAACUUUAUUAUCAUUUAUGACCAUACAAUGAAUAUAACUCCUUGGUUAAUGUGCAAAAGAUUAUAAAGACAAUGCACAUGUCUAUAAACAUGCAGAAUACGUAUUUAGCCCUGACAACAAGAAGUGCACAGUGUAUUAAAAAAAAAAAAAAAGAUGUCAGUUAAGAUUGAAUCUAGUAGACUGAUUGUUUAGAACUGUUGCUCUCUUGUGGCAACUCAGUAAACUGCACUCUCCCACCCUUAGAUGUACAUUAUUGUUCAUAAUGUGUGUCUCGCUAUCCUCGGAGAAGCCCAUAAUAUUUAGGAGCUCAAAAUUUUACUCACAAUUUUUUUUUUUUCCCACUUCCCUGUUUUAAGAAGCACUAGCCCAAGAGAUGAUACUGAGAUACUGUGGUUAAAGGUUGUGUAUUUGCCUUACACAUGUUAUGUGUGUUAUGGAUAGUGAUGGUAGCUGAUGGUAAAGGAGGAGGACUAGUAGUUAAUACUACUGAUUUAUGCACUUUGUAGAGUUUGCCACAUUACCCCCACAAUGGGGCAGUGUUUCCAGAUACAAGGUGAAAAUAGAUAGCAGAAAUCUUUUAUAAAUCAAAGUAAAUUCCAACAUUAAAUUCCUUUUGUAUUAUUUGUCCAGAGUUGGUCAGACCUUGUGGUUACUAGGUUGCACAGGUGUAAGCCUGGGGCCUGACCUCUGUUUUGUUUCCCAGAAUAGCUUCACUUGCUGUGCUGUGGCAUGUGGCACACUAAGGAGAACUCAGCAGUCAUGAGUGUGUUGUGUGUCAUUCUGGAGCUAAACUGGUGUUUCUGUGUUCUGGUCAGCCUCUUUUACUCUGUUUAACAAGUGUCCAUGACUCUUCCCUGAGGGCACUUUCUGACUGGUUUGUUCACUUCCAUUAUGAAGAGAAAUUACUUUUAAGUGUUUCCAGUUUGCUUCAGUUGAAGGGUGACUGUUCUGUUCCUUUGCAUGAGAAAAUAUAUGGGAAGGAUUGAGCUGCCAAAUUCAAUAAUGAGAAAGAUUUUAAGAGCACUUUAUACUUCAUUUGAGCGCAGAUACCAGAGCAGUUUCUUGAUUUUUUUUUUCUUUUAAAUACUUCCUUACCUAAAUAUGAAAAAUUAUCAGAAUUCCUUUUUUGACAAAAUGUGUCCUUUGCAGAUGUUCAGUCCCCUGAAAUGGUAUUAAAAAGAAAAGGGGCCUCAGAAGUGUACCUGUGUGGAAUCAAACCAAGAAAUCUGCUCAAAAUAAAGGGUUCGAAAAAGCGUAGGAUAUGGAAUUAAUCAAAGGGCAUCAUACCUUUCAUAUUGGAGAUUAAUCACAGUGAGAAUAUGAUUUGAAUAUGUUUAAAGCUCAAAAUAUUUGAUUUAUGCAAAGAAUAUACACCUUGCACAUCAUGUUGCAUACAGGACACAGUAAGCAGAGAAUCUGGGUAUAAAAGUCUAAAUCCACUUUAGAAGUUAAUCCUUUGUCUUGUAUUAUUUAGUGAACUAGUCUUCCAUAAAUCCAGCUGUGAAGACAAAGCCAGUAUGUGACAUCAGAAUAGUACUUAUUAUACACUGAGCUGUAUAAAAGAAAUGUGUCAGAGAUGAACCUUUAUUAUCCUUGAUAUUACCUAAAUCACAAAAAAAGGAAUAAAGCAAACUGUUUUUAAGUAUUUUUAAUUGUUUUAUAGUGAAAUGGCAGUAAAGCUGAGAUUGUUAGAACUGAAAAGGGAAAUUUUGCACAGUGCGCAGGAGUCCUAUAUUCUAGGCAGGUUGACUCUAUGUAUUUUGAUUAGCCAAAUUCUAAUUUACUAAGGCUAGCAGCCAAAGGCUUGUAUUAGAUUAGGCAAAGGUGGACCUGUCCUUGUCCUUAAAUGAGGGUUUGUCAGUGAUUAAGUGGGUGCCUAGACACCACAGUGACUGUGCAUUCUGCAUUGCACCCAAGGUUGCCACAUAGUGAGCUGUGAGAAUGGCACUCAGAGAGUGCUCCUGGGAUUACCAAGUUAAGUCUCUCUCUUUUCUUCUUCUUCUUCUUCUUCUUCUUUUAAAGCUGCUAUUGAUGAAGUGUGUAUCCAAAAGAAUUUUAUUCUGUGGCCUUCACCUUCAAGAAAAGUGUUGGGAAAAUUGCUGUCUUAUUUGAGAAACUUAAAUGCGUGGUAGAUAUUGGCGAGAAAGUACUGGAUGUGAACAGUUUAAAGAAAAUGUGUUUCUGCCUAUUUUUGAUU